GUGGGCGUGUCAUAUAAAGUCACGUGACUUAAAAUGGCGGCUUUUGCAAGGAGGUUGUUAGGGAGCUCUAGAUCCUUGUUGUGGUGGAGAGGUCCAACUAGUAUCAAUCCUGGAGCUAUUGCUGCUAGACCAUUCUCAAAUGCUGUCACAACCACAGCAAGAGAAGAAAAGAGGCUGAGAUUGAGUGAUUAUGGUAGAUAUGUUGAAGAGAAUCUUCCUAAGUUUGUACAGCAGACUCAAGUAACUCACAAUAACGAGCUAGAGGUCCUCAUACACCCUGAAGGUCUAAUACCGGUGUUAACAUUCCUAAGAGAUCAUCACAACUCACAGUUCAGACAAUUACAAGAUAUUGCAGCAUUAGAUAUACCUAAGAAUGUGUACAGAUUUGAAUUGGUUUAUAAUCUAUUAAGUGUUACAUUUAAUUCUCGUAUUCGUGUGAGGACAUAUACAGAUGAGCUGACUCCUAUUGAUUCUGUUGUUCCUCUCUUUAAUUCAGCAAUAUGGGCCGAGAGAGAAGCAUGGGAUAUGUAUGGUGUGUUUUUUGCUAAUCAUCCUGACUUGAGGAGGAUAUUAACUGAUUAUGGAUUUGAAGGACAUCCUCUUAGAAAAGAUUUCCCAUUGAGUGGAUAUGUAGAGGUAAGGUAUGAUGAUGAAGUGAAGAGGGUUGUCUGUGAACCUAUUGAACUCACUCAAGAGUUCCGCAAGUUUGACCUCUCGUCUCCAUGGGAACAGUUCCCCACCCACAGGAAGUAUCCUCAGAUAGAGGAUAAAGGAGAAGACUCAGACAAUGAAUAAAUAUAAUGCUGUAGAAUGUUGUUAUUACUAUUAUGAUAGAUUGAUUUCACGAUUUUCACCAUCAUACUGACAUUUACAUUAUAUACAA